GGGUAUAAGAAGAAAGAUAUGAGGUCCCAUUCUUUUCAAUUUUAAGCCUUUCUUUAGAUUCAUCUCUCUCUCUCUCUCUCUCUCUCUCUACAAGUAAAAAUCCUUUCUCUCAUUCUCUUUUUUUUUCUCCAGAGAAUUCUUUCCUCUUCAUUCUUCAUAGGUGAAAAUCAUUUGCUGAUCUUCUUUGUCUAAUCACCUAUCUACUGAAGUUUCAAAGUUACAAUCUUUUCCAUCUUCAUAAAUAUUCUCCAGUGAAAGACAAAACAUCAGGGAAUGCUGAAAGAUGUACUUGAAAUUCAGGAGCUUUUCCGCUGAGGUUAACAAGGUAACAGCUCCAUGUGGGCUAGCCUUGUAUAUUUUUCUUAAGACUCGGUGUUUAACAGACAGCCCGUUUGAGUUAUAUGCUCAAAUGCCCAGUUUGCCUAAUACAGGAGCACAUAUUAUGUCAAAGCAUGAUCUGUGUGAAGAUGGUUGAGCUUUUAAGCUUUUGAGAUCCAUUUCGUAGAUACCUAUAUCAUAUAUAUUGCAUUAGCAGGUAUAGCAGUUCAUAUUGUGUACAAAUUACAGAUACUAUAGCUUGAAAUGGAAAACAAAGGGCAUGUGUUGAUGCAGAAGUAUGAGAUGGGCAGAUUGUUGGGCCAAGGAACUUUUGCCAGAGUGCACCAUGCUAGGCAUCUUCAAACUGGUAUGAGUGUGGCCAUCAAGAUAAUUGACAAAGAGAAGGUGUUGAAGGUUGGGAUGAUAGACCAGAUUAAGCGAGAAAUUUCUGUUAUGAGACUGAUUAGACAUCCGAAUGUUGUAGAGCUUUAUGAGGUAAUGGCUACUAAAACCAAGAUUUACUUUGUCAUGGAAUAUGUUAAAGGUGGCGAGCUCUUCAACAAGGUAGCUAAGGGGAAGCUAAAGGAGGAUGCUGCAAGAAAAUACUUUCAACAGCUUAUCAGUGCAGUUGAUUAUUGCCACAGUAGAGGAGUAUGUCAUCGUGAUCUGAAACCAGAAAAUUUAUUGUUGGAUGAGAAUGGGAAUCUAAAGGUUUCAGAUUUCGGACUAAGUGCACUUGCAGAGUCCAAGCGACAAGAUGGGUUACUUCAUACAACCUGUGGAACCCCUGCUUAUGUUGCUCCAGAAGUGAUAAACAGAAAAGGGUAUGAUGGAGCGAAAGCUGAUAUCUGGUCAUGCGGGGUGAUUUUAUUUGUGCUGUUGGCUGGUUAUCUCCCCUUCCAUGACUCAAAUCUGAUGGAACUGUACAGAAAAAUUGGGAAAGCAGAGUUCAAAUUCCCUAAUUGGUUUGCACCUGAAGUACGCAAACUACUGUCAAAAAUCCUGGAUCCAAAUCCUAGUACGAGGAUAUCCAUGGCCAGAAUAAUGGAAAAUUCUUGGUUUCGUAAAGGGCUAGAACCUCGACCUCUAAUCUCUGAGAUAGACACAACAGAACCAGCACUGGUGGAUUGUGAUGCUGUGUUUAAUGUGAAUGAAAGUAGCUGCACUGGCUCAGAGCCCAAGCAAGAUUUGGCAAAGCCUUGUAACUUGAAUGCUUUUGAUAUCAUCUCCUAUUCAUCAGGCUUUGACUUGUCUGGCUUGUUUGAGGAGAAAGAGAAAAAGAAAGAAGUGCGGUUUACCGCAAACAAGCCUGCCGCAAUCAUCAUUUCGAAGCUUGAAGAUAUUGCUAAGAGAUUGAGGUUGAAAACAAAAAAGAAAGACGGAGGCUUAUUGAAAUUGGAAGGUUCAAAGGAAGGCAGGAAAGGGGUCCUGGGUAUUGAAGCAGAGAUUUUUGAGAUCACUCCUUGUUUUCAUUUGGUGGAAAUGAAGAAGUGCAGUGGAGAUACCCUGGAGUAUCAGAGGGUACUGAAAGAAGAGAUGAGACCUGCACUCAAGGACAUUGUUUGGUCUUGGCAAGGAGAACAGCAACAAAUGCAACAAGAAGAGCCUUCUCAGGUGUGCGCAGGGCAGGUGGUCUCCCUUCAGGAUACAACCUAAAUAAGAUAAUCUAGGAAUUAAGUUUGUAAAUGUCUGGCUUCAUUGUUGAGGAGUGUUUAUCAUUGUUUCAGAGUACAAUAUAUUGCUAUAAACGGAUGGACACCUCAAGGUGUAUAUAUAAGUUUAUUAGCCGAAUUCGAUUAAA